UGGAGCUGUCACUAAGAUCUGCCACACUUGAUCAUGAAAGUCGGGCAUGAUUCCAGUGCUACCACUUCGGUCUUGUCCAUCCAUUCGUCUUGAUAGAUGCGCCAGAGCUGGUGAGUCCUAACAUCGCCGGCGAGCUCUGUGUCACGUCUUCACUUGAGUUCUCUUGGUCAACCAUCCUUCCUCUGCCUGUUCUUCCACUAUACUCCUGCUCGACUAUUACUGCCCAAGAAUCUGCUCGUUGUCCGUCACCACGCAAGCUUAAUCUGCGACAUGGCCGGUCAAACGGGCACUAAACGGGAUGCUGAUCAUCUCAAAAACUCAGCCGCGGACCGCAAAAAGCCCAGGGCAAACGGUAGCAUCACGUCUUUCUUUGGUGUUCCAAAACGCACAGUUUCGGUUGAAGCCACACCAUUGACUGGACCGUCCUUGAACUUUGACAAACAGAAAUGGGUGGCAUCAUUAUCCCCUGAGCAGAAGGAGCUCCUUCAGCUCGAAAUUGAAACUCUAGAUGAGAGCUGGCUGGCACAGCUCAAGGAAGAGGUAGUGAAGCCCGAAUUCCUAGCUUUGAAGCGUUUUCUGCAAAAAGAAAAACGGUCAGGGACUAAAAUCUUUCCCCCCGAGGAGGAAGUCUACUCUUGGUCCCGCCACACCCCUCUGCACAAGGUCAAAGUCGUCGUCAUCGGGCAGGAUCCUUACCACAAUCAUAACCAGGCUCACGGUCUGGCCUUUUCCGUCCGGCCGCCAACCCCAGCUCCUCCGUCCCUUGUCAAUAUCUAUACUGGUAUCAAGAACGACUACCCCUCUUUCCAGAGACCGCCAAACAAAGGUGGUCUUCUGACCCCCUGGGCCGAUCGGGGGGUACUUUUACUCAACACAUGCCUGACAGUUCGCGCACAUCAAGCCGCUAGUCACUCAAAUAAGGGAUGGGAACAAUUUACUCAGAAGGUCAUUGACUUGGUGGCCCGAGUGCGUACUCGUGGUGUUGUGUUCUUGGCAUGGGGUACACCGGCCGGGAAGCGAGUGACAGGCAUUAAUAGAGAGAAACAUUGCGUCCUGCAAUCGGUCCACCCUAGUCCGUUGAGCGCAUCUAGGGGCUUUUUCACCAACCAACAUUUCAAGAAAUGCAACGACUGGCUUUCCGAACGGUAUGGAUUGGACGAGACCAUCGACUGGAGUUUAAGCUCAAAAAAUAAGACAAGUAACCCUCUCGCCGACAUCCAGGCUCCUGCUUCAAAUGAGUCAAACGAUAAUGAAGGCCUGGCGGUGAUAUCCCCCGGCUUUCCCACAGAGCAAGCGCUUCGUGAUGAUUUGAAGAACCCCUAUCCGACCGAACACGUCGAUGAGUUCGAUGAGGACUUAGAUGCACUGGAAGUUUUGGCGGCAGCAGACUCAGCCACUUGAGCUCCAGGGACGGUAGCGGUUUUUGGUUUCAUCUCGUUAUGCUCUUUUUACUGGGAUAUCUCUGCCAAAGCCAGAAGAUUCAUGCAGUCGUACUAGUCAGCAUUUGCUUUGUCAUUCCAGGUUGACAAGUGUAGACCAGAAUUUGGGAUCGCAAUAUGGAUAGUUGUGUGGUGCAUUGAGGGAGUAAUUCGAGUUUGUAAGCAAUGACCUCUCACGCCAGAUAUGGGCCUUACUACGUUGUUCUGCUGCAUAUUUCCGGGACGGUGCCGGACGACUAUGUCAGAUGGCGACGCACGGAAAUGAAUCCAUGAUACAGACCAGCUUGACUGUCAGUCACGUGCUACUGCAUAACUGCCUCUUACUCG